GACCGAGGAAGUGGGGGAGGAGGACCGUACACACCCCCCCGCCUGCGACGGCGGGAAAACCUGCAUCUGUUUCAAACCCAUCACGUCGUACCCUUCGCACCCAUGCACCAUCACCAAAGCCGGGGUGCAGAAAUUCAUCACGUACCGGAUGAUGGUGGAUUUUCGGGAUCCGGAGGCGUUUGGAAUGUAUACGUUUAAUGAUCAUGCGGGGUAUGGGGCGUUGGAGGUGGUGCAGAAUGCGUUGAUGUGGGCGGUGUGUGAGGCGUUGGGGUGGUUGAUUGCGGGGGAUUGGGUUGGGGUGAUGAGGAUGAUCGACGACGGUGAAAUCCUCGACAAAACCCGAACCAUGUAUGAGUACAUGUUGCUCGCCAUGUUGGCGGAGUUAGACAAACAGGGCCAAUUAGGCCCCAACUCGGAUGUCCGGAACCUGGGCUUCAUCAUGGCCAUGUACGCGGAUGAAUCCAUGUCCAACCGGUCGCAGUAUAAGUUCCCGGCUUCCAGGGCGCGACGGGACGGUUCGUAUUAUGGCGAGGAUUUCGUGCUCUGUCUGGUUGCGUAUGCGGCGCGACGCAACAUCACCAUGCAUGGACCGCCGGAUAUCGAUGAGACGAUUGCCCGGGCGGAGGAAGAGACGGAGCAGGAAGAUAUCGUGCUGCCGACGAGGAAUAAAGAUCCGUGGGAUUGGGUGCCCUCGAUGAAAAUGUAUGAGAGGAGGAACAGCCUCGUGGCGUAUGGAGGCAUUCCCAAGGUAAAGAUUGGGGGGGAUGCAUUGGAUAUUACGACGUUUUCGAGUGCGGAGCGCAAGAGAAAGAGCUUCAAUGGGACGGAUCCGUUGACUCCGAAUAUGAUCAAGUCGCUUAAAGCUGGGCUGCUGUUUGGAUCUGAGUGAGGCAGGAACUAUCGGUGUGAUGGGAUUUCGGGUGGUUCUAUCGAAUUGUUG